ACGAGCCCAUUUAAGCCCCGCGGCCGAGGCAGAAGCCUUACAGUUUCCGCACCGAAGCGAAGCGAAGGAGACGAAACGGACGAUGGCUGAGUCUCACAACGAGCCGCUCAUCCCGAAUCCCGGGGAGCAAACUAUCAUCAGCAUGCGCGACCCCGAGAGAGAUUCCAACCGGAAGGCAUUCAAGGUAGCGGGUUUCACCGUGCUGGCCUGCCUGCUCGUCGCCGGCCAGGCGCUCACCGCUUACUUCGUCCUGAGCCAGAAGAGCAAGCUGGGCGACAUCGAGCAGAGCAACGAGUCCCUGAGGAAGCAGCUGCUUCACCAGACUGGAGGAUCUUCCGGAACCAAGAUGAUCAAUGUUCCCAUUCACAGCAUGCCCGCGAUGGUGUAUGACUUGAAGCCGGACAGCGACAAAGGCCCUUCCCCCAUUCCCAUGACAGGAUUCAAGUGUAAGAACGGCUCCUCCAAGCUGCCGGGUUUCCAGCCUGUUUGCGAUGAAGAGGGUAACUAUCGGCCCAUGCAGUGCUGGAAGGGCUCCUGCUGGUGCGUGGACAGCAAUGGGACUGAAAUUCCCAACUCUUACAGGCCGGGGAGAGCGCAGUGUGGAGAAGUGCAAGGCCUCCGCGAUGUAAGGGACACGUACAGCAUGGAAGAAUUGUCUGAUCAGUAAAAAUUGCCAAGCAGUGACAGCCAGAAGCAAACCGCUGUUAUCAUCUGCAGAUAAGAAAUCUUUAUCCCGAAGCAAAACGUAAUCAGCUGAGAUCAGCGCUUUAAGCAUGUAUGACUCUCCCCAAAAUCUUUCCGGUGGAAGACAUUUUCGAGUUUCUGCAAGAGUACUAACUUCUAUUUGAUAGACUUUAAUUAAAAGCUGACAAAACGUUUUUGGAAACUGGUACAGCAUUGUUGAAUUAGUCAGUGCAGGUAAUAUUUUGCACGUGGCUGAGGCCGAGAGCCUUGGUUCUUUAUUCCACAUUCCAUCCAAAAAUUUAUCAGGCUUUUAUCUUCUAUUUUUUUAACGAUAACUGUUUAAUGCACUUUCUGAGGCCUUAGUUCUAUCGUGUGGAACAGAAUGAGAGGAUUAUCAAUGAUUUGGAAAAAACUGUAAGUGUGAAAAGCCUUGUAAUGAAAUAAACUUCUAAGCUUUUUCUAACAGAGUAAA